AAAGUCUGAUGGUAAACUAUAGGUAACAAAUACAUACACAUAAUGGAAAGGUUAUAACUUUAUAGCAAAGCUUUAAGCUUGAACUAUAAGAUAAAAUGAAGAGCAUCGGCAUUUCCCCCCGUCCCAUCAUUCCCCUUAUACUCCCACAGCUUGAACAUCGCUACAAAAUAUCCCGCCUCAACCAUCGCUUGCCUCUUCUUCACCUUGACGGUGCCGGUCGAUCACUCUUGUUGAUGGCCUCUCUCAACAACCACAACCACAACCACAAUCACCAUUUCCGCCACGCUGAUUCCACGGCUUCUCCGCCUUCCUCUGCCGUAGCCAAGAUCUCUCAUUUGAAGGCCGUUGUUUUGGGUGACGCUCCUGCUUCUGAAGAGGACGACGUCGUUCUCCCUAGCCAUGACUUUUCUCGUCAGGCUCUCGUUCCUUCUCAGCAAAAGUACCUGGAAAUGUAUAAAGCAUCGAUAGAAAACCCAGCUGGGUUUUGGUCAGGCAUUGCGUCAUCGGAGUUUUACUGGAAACAAAGAUGGGGAGAUCAGGUUUACUCUGAGAAUCUCGAUGUGAGGAGGGGGAAUAUCAAGAUCGAGUGGUUCAAAGGCGGCAUUACCAAUGUGUGUUACAAUUGCUUAGAUAGAAACAUUGAUGCUGGACUUGCAGACAAAAUUGCUCUUUAUUGGGAAUCCAAUGAACCUGGCUUUGAUGCUACUUUAACUUAUUCCCAACUACUCCAACGAGUUUGCCAGCUUGCUAACUACUUGAAAAGUGUUGGUGUUAGAAAGGGCGAUGCUGUUGUUGUUUAUUUGCCUAUGUUAAUGGAACUCCCUAUUACUAUGCUUGCAUGCUCGCGCAUUGGUGCAGUUCACUCGGUUGUCUUUGCUGGGUUCUCUUCAGAAUCUCUUGCCCAACGAAUUGUGGACUGCAAACCCAAAGUUGUUAUUACUUGUAAUGCUGUUAAAAGAGGUCCCAAGACCGUCUUCCUCAAGGACAUUGUUGAUGCUGCCCUUAUUGACUCUGCCAACAAGGGGAUCUCUGUAGAUGUGUGCUUAACCUAUGAAAACCAAUUGGCACUGAAGAGGGAAAAGACUAAAUGGAAGGAAGGAAGAGAUAUAUGGUGGGAGGAUGUUGUCCCAAAAUAUCCAACUUCUUCUGACGUUGAAUGGGUGGAUGCAGAAGAUCCCCUUUUUCUGCUGUAUACUAGUGGGAGUACCGGGAAGCCAAAGGGUGUACUUCAUACAACUGGAGGAUACAUAGUUUCUCAUAUUCCUUUCUUAUGCUCUAAUAUGAACUUUCAAAAGGGUGUACUUCAUACAACUGGAGGAUAUAUGGUGUACACAGCUACAACAUUCAAAUAUGCAUUUGACUACAAAGACUCUGAUGUUUACUGGUGCACAGCUGACUGUGGUUGGAUUACAGGGCACAGUUAUGUUACUUAUGGACCCAUGCUUAAUGGAGCUACAGUUCUUCUGUAUGAGGGGGCCCCAAGUUACCCUGAUCCUGGACGAUGUUGGGACAUUGUUGACAAAUACAAGGUGACCAUUUUCUACACUGCCCCUACCUUGGUGCGCUCUCUCAUGCGUGAUGGUGAUGAGUAUGUUACACGCUACUCAAGGAAGUCCCUUCGUGUCCUUGGAAGUGUUGGCGAGCCUAUUAAUCCAAGUGCUUGGAGGUGGUUUUUUAAUGUAGUUGGAGGGUCAAGGUGCCCAAUUUCUGACACUUGGUGGCAAACAGAAACAGGUGGCUUUAUGAUUACUCCUCUACCAGGGGCCUGGCCACAGAAGCCUGGUUCUGCAACCUUUCCUUUCUUUGGAAUCCAGCCUGUCAUAGUGGAUGAGAAAGGAGUUGAGCUUGGUGGUGAGUGCAGUGGCUACCUGUGUGUGAAAAGCUCAUGGCCUGGUGCAUUUCGAACUCUGUAUGGUGACCAUGAGAGAUAUGAGACAACAUACUUUAAGCCAUUCCCUGGAUAUUAUUUUACUGGUGAUGGAUGCAGCAGGGACAAAGAUGGGUACCACUGGCUUACUGGAAGAGUUGAUGAUGUUAUCAAUGUCAGCGGGCAUCGUAUUGGCACAGCUGAGGUGGAAUCUGCUCUAGUUUCUCAUCCUCAGUGUGCAGAAGCUGCUGUGGUUGGUGUUGAGCACCAGGUUAAAGGGCAGGGCAUAUAUGCCUUUGUAACUCCAGUGGAAGGCAUUUCUUACAGUGACGAACUCAGAAAGAGCCUUAUACUCACCGUGCGAACUCAGAUAGGAGCAUUCGCGGCACCUGACAAAAUACAUUGGGCACCUGCCCUCCCAAAAACAAGGAGUGGGAAGAUAAUGCGGAGGAUUCUGAGGAAAAUCGCAGCCAGACAGUUGGAUGAACUCGGAGACACAAGCACACUGGCCGAUCCAGGUGUAGUAGACCAGCUUAUUAAACUUGCUGAUACCUGAAACUGAAACAGAAAACCACACUAAAGUACCUAGUCAAAGAACCAACUCAAUCGCACACUUGUUGCUGGAUAUCAUUCCCAUUUCGACAGUGAGUUCAGUAUCUUUCUGGCUCUUUCUUUUUAUCUUGAUGGCUUAUAUAGCUUCAUCUAGUUUGAUUUUUAAGUACUUAAUUUGUCUCUUCUUUUUUACCCAUCUUUGGAGGUUGCUUCAUCCAUAUUGAUAUUUUUAUUUUCUAAACCCCCCCCCCCUUCCCGGCCCUGGCCAACCAAAUCUUUGUAUGUAUGUAAACUAAUGUACAUUUGUACUCUUUCAAAAAUAAUAUAGUGCUAUGAUAAUAAUAAAUUAAUAAA